UGCAAAUAGGUGAUAUUUUAAUUUAGAAAAAAAAUUAUAAAAUAUAAAUUAUAAUUACAAAAAAAUGGGAUCGAGAAAAAGACAAAAAUCUUCAGCUUCAUCUUCUGAAAGUGAAGAUGAUGAAGAUAAAAGAACUUUAUUCAUAGCGCAUUUAGAUACAAAAACUACAGAAGAAAUUUUAUUUGAAUUGUUUUUACAAGCUGGACCUAUCGAGAGUGUUAGAAUACCUAAAGACAAGGAAACGCAACGCCAAAAAACAUUUGGUUUUGUUACUUAUAAAUAUUCUUGUGCGAUACCCUACGCGCUUCGUUUAUAUGACGGAAUUAAAUUAUUUGGUCAAAGGCUUGUAAUCAAAGGUCGUGAUGUAAAAGAAAGUAAUAAUUCACGUGACUCCAAAAAUUACGAUAGAAAACAUACGGAAAACUCUUCCUUACGAUAUGGCUUUAAAGACAAGGCACCAGAAAUUGCGCCAAAUUUAAAUGACAAAAAUAAAGAUCUCAAGCAAAUAAGAACUUUUGAUAUAGAGCACCUCAAAAGGUUUGCUCCCGAACUAGUUCAAGGAGUUAACGAAUCUUUUGAAAAUCCCUUUAAAGCUACUGGGAGUAAACAUGUUGAAAAUUUUCGGAAUGAUUUCAAACACCACUCUCGAAAUGAUUCUCGUUUUGACAGGAGAGAGAAGCCAUACCAAAAACCAAAUCGCGACGACAGACAAAGGAAUUAUUCACACAGAGAUGGUAGAAGAUCAGAACAAAGAAAAAAUAGAUAGUCUUUGGAGAAAAGGCUUACUUAUCAACACAAAACUUUUCACAAACUUUUGUUUUCUUUUCAAAAUCGUACAGUACAGAAAUUUUCAAAUUGUGUUUAAUUUAAAUUAUAUUCUUAAUAAAUCUUCAUUUUAUUACUAGAGUGCUUUGAUUCAACAAGCAUAAUUA